GUGAAAAUGAAGUUUGUUACUGUAUUACUGUUUACAUGGGUCGGCUUCGUCCUUUCUGACGAUGUCGUCCAUUACGAUGGUUAUAAAGUAUAUCAGAUCUUCCCAAAAACCGUUGCUGAAUCUGAUUUAUUAAACAAAUACCAGGAAAAUGGAAAGUUUGACUUUUGGUCAAGGCCAAGCAUACUUGGUGCACCCGUUGAUUUAAUGGUUACCCCAACAGCUCAGGCGAGCUUUGAAAAAGACAUGAAGAGCAGUGGCUUAAACUACACGUUACUCAUUAAUAAUGUCGAAGAAAAAAUUCAAGAAGAGAACAAACGUCUCAAAUUAGCAGCUACGGUAGAGGAAGGCGAAGUAACCUUUACCGAAUAUAUGAGACACGAUGAAGUCAAUGCAUACCUAAGACGACUUGCUCAGGACUACCCUGACGUCGUCCAGGUCGAGCAGAUCGGACAGUCUUACGAAGGCAGAGAUAUCCUUCUCAUCAGGAUUUCAAGCGGAGGCUCCAAUAAGCCCACCAUAUUUGCAGAUGCAACAAUCCACGCAAGAGAAUGGAUAGCGGGGUCUAUGGCUUUAUAUAUUAUUAAUCAGCUCGUUGAAAACCCAGAAAACAGCGCUGUGUACCAAGAUAUCGACUGGGUACUCGUUCCAAUUGCAAAUCCAGAUGGUUACGAAUAUACUCAUACAGACGAGAGACUAUGGCGAAAAACAAGAUCCAAGGGCACGAUAUGUUACGGCACUGACCCGAACAGAAACUUUGAUUUCAAAUGGAUGGUAGCAGGAGCUAGUGACUGGCAGUGCAGCGACGUCUACGCAGGCUAUUCCGCUUUCUCUGAACCCGAGACUAGAGCAUUGAGAGACUACCUCCUAAAAUACAAAGACGACAUCAAACUGUAUCUGGCCAUUCACAGCUACGGGCGUUAUCUCAUUUUCCCCUGGGGAUACACCAGUGACCUUCCAGAUGACAACGAUUUACUUGUUUCCGUGGCCGAACGUGUUAAUAGCGCCAUUGUUGCAGUAGGUGGUGUCAGCUACGCCAUAGGUACUUCCACUAACGUCUUGGGGUUAGCAGCCGGUUGCAGCGAUGACUACGCCAAAGGAGGUGCUGGCAUCAAUUUGUCUUAUUGUGUUGAAUUGCCAGGUGGAGGAGAUGCUGGAUUUAAUCCGCCAGCGUCGAGUAUCUUGGAGAUAGUUGUGGAAACCUGGGAGGGAUUUAAGGCGUAUCAAGAGUACAUACAGGAAACAUUUGUCGAUAGUUAAUUUUUAAUAUUUACUGAAACUGGCGGCUAGAAAAUUGGAGGAGUGUAAUUGAAUGUAACAAAUAUUUUCAUAAUGCAAAUAAAAAGCAGUAAACUGA